CUUUCCGCUCCCGCUGCCUCGCCGCCCCCUCCGUCCCUGGCUGGUGGUGAUGGCGGCCGCUGCGUCCCUCUCUCCGGAGGAGCUGCUGCCCAAGGGCGGCUCGGGCAAGGCUGAGGAGCUGGAGGACGAGCUGGAGGAGGAGGAGGACGACGAAGAGCUGGACGAGACGCUGGCGGAGCGGCUGUGGGGGCUGACGGAGAUGUUCCCGGAGAGCGUCCGCUCGGCGGCCGGAGCCACCUUCGAUCUCUCGCUGACGAUAGCGCAGAAGAUGUACAGAUUCUCCAGGGCGGCUCUGUGGAUCGGGACCACCUCCUUCAUGAUUCUGGUUCUUCCUGUCGUCUUUGAAACUGAAAAACUGCAGAUGGAGCAACAGCAGCAGCUGCAGCAGCGACAGAUCCUCCUUGGACCCAACACGGGGCUCUCAGGGGGAAUGCCAGGGGCCCUGCCACCACUGUCAGGAAAAAUCUAAUUUGUGGGAGCUGCGUUGGAUUCGUAUCAUGUGGGGAAGACCUUGAGAUGAUGAUUUACUGAACUGUUGAUUUGUUGGGUCAGGGCAUUUUAUUUUAUUUUUUUCCCGUUGGUUUUUAUUUUUGGUUUUCCUCUGGGACAUUGACCCGUUCAUAACGUGUGUGUGUGUGAGGGGGAAGACCCCCCCCUCCUCUGGACCUGAUGAGAGCUGCUGUCUGCAUCCUCCCCCCCCCCCCCCCCCCCAGAAGUCGCGAUCCUUUCCUUUUAUCCAACCAGUUUGCCAGAGCCCCUCACAGACUUGAGCUGGGGCAGUUCCUCUUCCCGGCUCCUCGUGCCCACCCCGCAACCCCCCCCCCCGGGCACAGGCUCUGACGGACAGCAGUGAUGGGAGGAAGAGGGACCUUCCCAGCAGGUGAAGCGAAGGAAGGAGGGGUGUGGGGAACUGUACCUUGUGGAGAUGGAGAACGCUCUCCGGGAAGAGGCGCGUGCACAAACACUUUACCGGCAACCCCAGGUGUGCGGGAGUGGCGAGGGAGCGGCGGGCCGGGUCACAUCUGCGCCGAUCCUCUGCCUCGUAAAGUAGAACUUCAGAUACCCGCUGCAGAUUUUUUUGUAUCGAAUAUUAAAUAAAUCCAACCUGA